UUUGCUAAAGUUUAGCCAGCAGGCUAGCUUCGUCUUGUUGACUUAUGUUAUUGAGUUAUCGUUGUUUGAGCUAGCCUCCGAUCUAUUUCUCUUAGUAUCUGAGACAAAUGGGAAACUGAAACUUUUAAAAAGGAGCCAUGAACGGCAGCACUACGCCACUCUUAGACAAAGAGGAGCAUGUUUUGAAGCUCGGAGAGAGCUUCGAAAAGAGGCCAAAAUCUUCCUUUCAUACAAUUAGAUAUGACUUUAAACCUGCGUCUAUCGACACGAGCUGUGAGGGAGAGCUGCAAGUUGGAAAAGGGGAUGAAGUCACGAUAACAUUACCUCACAUUCCAGGUUCCACACCUCCCAUGACAGUAUUCAAAGGGAACAAGCGGCCGUACCAAAAAGACUGUGUGCUCAUCAUCAACCACGACACGGGCGAGUUUGUCCUAGAGAAACUAAGCAGCAGCAUCCAGGUCAAGAAAACCAGGGCGGAGGGGAGCAGUAAAAUCCAGGCCCGGAUCGAGCAGCAGUCGGUACGGUCCACCCAACCUACCUCCCAGUUCCGAGCCCCCACCAAGCCUGGUGCGGGUAUCAAGACCUCCCCCUCCCCAUCCAAAGAUAACCCUUCUCCAGAACCCCAGCUUGAUGACAUCAAGAGAG